UCACUGCUGAAGACAACAGUYAUUUUUUAAUAAGCACAUUUACAAAGUGUAGUGGCAAACACAUCUGUGCUUUUAUUUUUUCCCCUGGAUGAACUGUACUGAGUCCUUUGRUGUCUUAACAGGUUUGACAGAUACUAUCUAAAUUUAAAUUAUAAUUUGAAAAAUUAACAUACCAAAGAAAAAUGUAAGGUUUUUAUGUUUAGGAACAAUAAGAAGUUCGUCACACUUACUGAUGAUCUAGGCUGAUUUAUUUAUGAGUCUGGAGAUAAGGCUCUUAUUAUGAAAAAUAAAUGUGCCGGAAGUGUUCCGACUGAUGCUGCCCGUUUGAACACAGACGAGCCAAAAUGGCAGAAUACCUCGCAUCUAUUUUUGGGACAGAAAAAGAUAAGGUGAAUUGCUCUUUUUAUUUUAAAAUUGGUGCCUGCCGACAUGGGGACCGCUGCUCCAGAUUACACAACAAGCCAACAUUUAGCCAGACGAUUGCCCUGCUGAACAUUUACCGGAACCCUCAGAACAACACUCAGUCUCUGGAUGGUCUGACCUGUACUGUCAGUGACAUGGAGAUGCAGGAGCACUAUGAUGAAUUUUUUGAGGAAGUCUUCACAGAGAUGGAAGAAAAGUACGGAGAAGUGGAAGAAAUGAACGUCUGUGACAACCUCGGGGACCACCUGGUUGGAAAUGUGUAUGUGAAGUUUCGGAACGAAGAAGAUGCUGAGAAGGCUGUGAUAGACUUGAAUAAUCGCUGGUUCAAUGGGCAGCCCAUCCACGCUGAGCUCUCUCCUGUCACAGACUUCAGAGAGGCCUGUUGUCGCCAGUAUGAGAUGGGAGAAUGCACUCGUGGAGGUUUCUGUAACUUCAUGCAUCUGAAACCCAUUUCACGUGAGCUGAGGAGAGAGCUGUACGGGCGUCGCAGGAAGGGCCGCCACAGGUCUCGCUCCCGAUCACGAGACAGAGACCGAGGUCGAGGAGGCGGUCGCGACCACGACAGGCGUCGUCCCAGAGACAGAGAGCGUUCAGGACGGUUCUGAGCCUAAAACCAGGACUUCUGCUCACUCCUCUAUUCCUGAAUCCAUCACUGUCCUUUUUUUUUCUUUCUAAGUUUCUACGCAAACAUUUGUUCUAGGAAUAACUGAAAGGCAGUCAAWAUGAGGCUUUGGCAGUGUUGUUUUAAACUGAUUUCUGAAAGUAAAUUUCACCUCAAUAUUAAAAUAAAUGUUUUCUUAACAAAACUAA